AUGAAGGCAAAGUGUGGAAAGAGAUUCAGGAGGAGUGGCCAACUUGAAGAGCAUCAAAGAACUCACACGGGGGAGAAACCUUUUGAAUGCACAGAGUGUGGGAAGAGAUUCAGUCAGAGUAGCAGUCUUCAACGCCAUCAAAGAACCCACACAGGGGAGAAACCUUUUGAAUGCUUAGAGUGUGGGAAGAGAUUCAGUACGAGUGGUCAUCUUCAACGCCACCAAACAAUCCAUACAGGGGAGAAACCUUUUCAAUGCUCAGAGUGUGGGAAGAGAUUCAGUACGAGUGGGUAUCUUCAGCAGCACCAAGCAAUCCACACAGGGGAGAAAGCUUUUGAAUGCACCGAGUGUGGAAAGAAAUUCAGUCAGAGUAGCAGUCUUCAAGGCCAUGAAAGAACCCACACAGGGGAAAAACCUUUUGAAUGCUCAGAGUGUGGGAAGAGAUACAGUAUAAGUGGGCAUCUUCAACGGCACCAAAUAAUCCACACAGGGGAGAAACCUUUUCAAUGCUCAGAGUGUGGAAAGAGAUUCAAUCGGAGUAGUUAUCUUCAAGAGCAUCAAAGAACCCACACAGGGGAGAAACCUUUUGAAUGCACAGAGUGUGGGAAGAGAUUCAGUCAGGGUGGCAGUCUUCAACUGCAUCAGAGAACCCACACAGGGGAGAAACCUUUUCAAUGCUCAGAGUGUGGAAAGAGAUUCAGUCGGAGUAAUAGUCUUCUAGGCCAUCAAAGAACCCACACAGAGGAGAAACCUUUUGAAUGCUCGGAGUGUGGAAAGAGAUUCAGUCGGAGUAAUAGUCUUAAAGAGCAUCAAAGAACUCACACAGGGGAGAAACCAUUCGAAUGCACAGAGUGUGGAAAGAGAUUCAGGAGGAGUGGCCAUCUUCAGGAGCAUCAAAGAACUCACACAGGGGAGAAACCAUUUGAAUGCAUGGUGUGUGGGAAAAGAUUCAGGUUCAGGGGUCAACUUCGGGGGCAUGGGAGAACUCACACAGGGGAGAAACCUUUUGAAUGUUCAGAGUGUGGAAAGAGAUUCAGUCUGAGUUGCACUCUCCAACGGCACCAAGUAACCCACACAGGAGAGAAACCUUUUGAAUGCUCAGAGUGUGGGAAGAGAUUCAGUCGGAGUGGCACUCUCCAACGGCAUCAAGUAACCCACACAGGGGAGAAACCUUUUGAAUGUACAGGUUGUGGAAAGAGAUUCAGUCAGAGUAGCCAUCUUCAAGAGCAUCAAAAAACUCAUACAGGGGAAAAACCUUUUGAAUGCUCCCAGUGUGGGAAAAAAUUCACCAAGCGGCGCCUCAGGCGACUCAGCUCCAACCUCCGGAACAAGGAGGUGUCUGUCGGUAGGCGAUUCUUGAGAAGGCAAUUGUGUGGAGAAACUGUAGACAGCGUGGACUUGAUUUGCGGUCUGGCAUUCUGCUGA